GCUUUUCCCUCCCUCUCCUCCUCCCUCUACGUCUAGGAAUUAUGGCUUCAGCUUGGCCCCCGGUCAUGGAUCACAGUCGUUUUUAUCACAUACCUUUUCCUACACUCAGUUGAGUUCACGAUCGACAAUAUCAUAAAGUAUAUACAUCUCCUAUGUCACCAUGGGCAAACACAACCCCCCAGCCCAGCAAAGGGCCCCGACCCUCAACGAAACCCUAGACUUCAUCGAACAAACCUACAAAGAAUCGAAGUUAAUCAUCGUCGGCUGUCUGGCAUCUUGGACACUCUGUCGGCUGAAUUUUCGCUUUGUCUGGCUACUCAUCAUCCUAGCUUUCUGCCGCACGCAAUACCAAGUAUCCAUCCGACGAAUCGAGCGCGCCAUCCGAGACGAACUCCGUCGAUACCACUCACAAAAGAUUUUACAGCGCGGUGAAAGCGUAGAAUGGGUAAACGAAGUCCUGGGACGAGGAUGGCAUCUCUACCAACGUCAGAUCUGUAAACAGAUCGUUCAAUACGUCAACGCCGGACUGGCCCUACGCAGCGAAGAAUCGUCCCCUCAGAAACUGGUCAUCCAUUCGCUGGCUGUCGUGGAACAGCCGCUGCGAUUUACAAGAGUGACGACCUAUUCCAAGCCUCAGUCACGCAAUUUGAUCAUUGAAGGACACUUUCGCAUCGAUCUCCGUCCACCGGACGACCACAGAAUGCAUCUACUGAACCUUGUACACAGCGAUGAACCACUCAUUGAUUUGGCCAUCGUGCAUGAAAAGCCAGACCGCAAGAACCAUGACCUCGUAGUGCAUGUGAGACAGGUUACAGGAACGGGGAUCGUACGGUUAGAAAUCGACCUUGAGAGUAUGGAGCCACAUAUCCUACAGCCGCAGAUUGAACUGCAGGAUCAUCCACAUAUCGACUGUACGAUCAAGACAGUGAGUCAGCAUCAUUUUCCCUUUCAUUUUGCGCAUCACAUCGACUGGCGGAGGGCGGUGGAGAAGCAAAUUCGCGAGGGGCUGGGAUGGGCCUUCCACCGACCUUUACCGCUUCCGUUUCACUUUUUCGGCGAGAAAUUCUUGGUCAAGAUGAUGACGUGGUGGUGGCAGCUGAGUCGGGCCGUUCAUGAUUAGUUCGUUGGUAAUGAAUAAUGAAUUACUAUUAGUUAUUGAUAUCCUCCAUGGGGAAAAAGUUGAACAGAACAGUAAGAGUGUCAUUGGUUCCGUUGGUACCGAGAAAGCCGAGUCCAAGUGGGCCAUCGCCUCGUAGGGCUGAUGGUUGGGGGAUGAGAAAAAAGUGCUGCCUAGAGGAAACACGUCUAUUGCUCCCCGUCGUAUUGCAAAUUACACCUGUAAUAUCCAACGCAAGGGGGAAAUACAAUCAUCCAUGCCGAAAAUCCCUGCCAGAACGGUAUGUCCCUCGAGUGCUUUCCAGUGAUUGACGGAGUUUUUUCUAGUGGAGUGACAGGAGACCUCCCAUGCGUUCCGAAAUUCCAACUUUCAACCCUUGGUUCUGUCCAAGGGGUAAAAAGCCAAUUUUAGAAACGAUACAAAGGCGUUUCAAUAAUUAGCCAAUAAUAGAACAAUGCUUCUUGAUUUAAUGCUUCAAACAAGGGGGUUGUAUCGCACGGUAUUGAGUAAUGGACAAUGGAUUCAUGUAUGUAUGGAUGUAUUUAUAUACAGUACAAUGCAGAGCACAUGACAUACCUGACAUACCCCCCCGGGUCCCCGUCUAAUUGCC